AUUUUUAUCUAGAUUUAAUAAAAUUUAUAUAUAAUUGACAGUUUUUUCGCAACAACCUAAGCCUUACAUUCAUAAUUUAAAUCAAUGAAGGUGAUUUUUGAGUCUUGAACAAUAUUUUUUUAAAUUAAUAUAUAGUGAAGAUAAUUGAUAUUACACAUCUAAAAAUUAAAGAAGUCAGAUCAAAAACUCCAGGAUCAAAUUAUUGUUUGAUCUAGAAAUUAAAGUAACAACACAAAAAUAUAUUGGAUCAGAAUAGAUAAAUUAAAAAUUAAAAACGAAUAGGACAAUUUCAAUGGUUAGAUCUCUUAAUUUUCGUUAGCUUUAUAAAAAAUAAUUUUGGUAUGUGUUACUCCGCUUACAUGAACAGUAGGGGAUCUACAAAGUGAUCUUGUUUAAGGUUUAAUUAAAUUUUGUAGAAUAAAAUUUCAAGUGUAUUUUUUAAAAAAUUAUAUAAAUUGGCUGAAAAUUUUAAGAUUAUAAGCAAAAAUGACAAGUACACAAAGUGGGAACACAGAUUCACCUAGUCGUCAAUCUAGGGUUAUUCUGAUACUUGCAAUCGUUUUAGCAGGUCUAGCUACUCUACAGGUAAAGAGAUUAGUGGUUACAUGUGGAACGUAUGCAGUAAAAAGAUUUAAAAUUGAUAAGGGUCUGACAGCAUUAUUCAUUAAACUGACAUCGAUAGCAGUGGAAAAUUUUUUUAUAUUAGGUAUAAUAUUCUCUGCAAUUUAUCUCAUUGUAAGUACUAGUAAGAGAUGGGAUGCUAAUUUAUCAAUAGUGGUGUGCUGGUUAAACCUAAUAGCAUUUGUUAUAAUUUGCAUAGCAUACUUUGGAUCAGGAGAAGAUGCGUCCCUAAAUUUUUAUUAUUGGAGCUUGAAUCUUGCUGCAUUCACCUCUGGAAUGUUCUUCGAACUUGUAUUUGAUAUUGUAACUAAGGAUCUUAUAUUUUAUUUAAUUGGAAUGCCAAUGUCAGAAGCGGGUGUUUUGAUUUUCCACGUGGCUUUUGAAUAUUUAUACGAUUUGUUUUUCGAUGAACAAAUUGAGUAUUUCCUUGUUAUGAAUCAAAUAAUAGCCGCCAUUGGACUGUGGCUGUUUGCAGGACUGUUUUGGACACUAGCAUUUCGUAAUUAUGACGAGAACUCGAAAAGACAUGUAAUUCAUAAUACGGAUAUCUUAAUGGAAGAUGGUAAUUUAACAGUUAAAAAUAAUAGGAAUGAGGAAAAGAAAGAAAUGUCAGUGUUGGAAAGACUUGCAAAGGCAAGUUCCCCUAUUAUGUUGUGUAUUAUUUCAUGCUUUUUCGUAUACUUCCUCCAUCCAGGGAUAAUUCCUUUCGAUUUUGUGGACACUGAUGAAGGAUAUUUAAUCAUAUUAAUAGGAGUUGGAGUUUCAGCAAUCCUAACUAUAGUUGUAAUUAUUUUAGUGAUUAAGAAAAUUGGUCCAAAUCAGGAUUGGAGGAAAAAACUGUAUGCCUACAACUUACUUUGGUUCUUUCCAUUGGUUUACACAGCGAUUGCAGUUGUAACUUUCUAUACGAUUCAUUACUUUGAAAGCGAUUUCUCCAGAUUUGUAGCGGGUAACGUAUUAGUUGUAGGUUUUAUGUCAGCCUUUCUAAAAUCCACAGGAGAUUUCACUGAAAUGGUAACCUUAUCAGCAAUGAGUAUGCAAAGAGAUGAUGGUGAAGAAGACGGCAAAUUAGCUGCAGGAAUCAACGCACUUUUAAGACUGUUAAUAGGAAUUAGUAUGUUUUUGGGACUGGGUUAUGAGAGCGCAAUAUCUAUAUGUACUAAAAACAGACUUGACUGGCCAACUGAAGGACGUUCAUUGAUAUGGGCAUUCUUUUUCUGGGUUGGGAAAUCAUUCCAAAUGGGAUAUCAUAUGAUAUACAACACACUCAUACCUGACCUUGAAUAUGUAUUUACUAUUGUUACACCAGAAGAUAUUGCUCAAUGAAUUGUUAUUAUCUGAUGGAAGAUUUUUUGUUUUGUGGUCUAUCAAUUUUGUUGAAUAACCCAUUUUAUCUAAUAGAAUCGAUGUUUUAAUUAAAGAAAAGCUAUAAAAAAAUCAAAUGUGUAAAACCAUUUUGAAUAUUUUGAAUUAUA